UUCAAGGACGUAUGAGCUCACCUUUUCAGCCGGUUACUUUGUCUAUUAUACCAUCUUGUCGUGUCAACCCUGAGGAUCCAACAACAGUAAUCUACACAACAAAAAUCAGUAAUGGAUGUCAGAAAAAUUCAGCCAUAUGAUCCCUCUAUGCUCACCUAUGAUCGCGUAGAAGCUUCAAAUGUAAUACAGUUAGCUAAAGAGCUGACAAAUAUAAAACUACCAGCAAAUAUUGAAGUUGAAUGGUUGUUGAAAGCAAUUUGUCUUAUCGAUUUAACGACAUUAGCUGGUGACGAUACACCUGUUAAUGUUUAUAGACUUUGUGUAAAAGCUGCUCAUCCGCUGAGUGAAUGUGUCUUAAAGAAGAUUGAAACUAUGUACGACUUGGAUUUACAGGACUUAAAGACAGCUGCUGUAUGCGUUUAUCCAUAUCAAGUUAAAACAUGUACAGAGACUUUCAAGAGAUUAAAAUUGCCGAACUUCAACAUUGCCUCAGUUGCCACUGGCUUUCCUUCAGGACAGUAUCCUUUAGAUACACGUUUGAUGGAAAUCAAAUCAGCUAUUAAUGAUGGAGCAAAUGAAAUUGAUAUAGUAAUCAAUCGGUCGUUAGCGGUACAAGGUGAUUGGCAAGGCGUUUACGAUGAAGUUUGUGCAAUGCGUAAAGCAUGUGGAGAUAGAGCCCACUUGAAAACAAUUCUUGCUACAGGUGAAUUAGGCAGUUAUGAUAAUGUCUAUAAAGCUUCAAUGGCUUGUAUGCUAGCUGGUGCUGAUUUUAUUAAAACAUCUACUGGGAAAGAAACAGUCAACGCAACUCUUCCAGUCUCAUUGGUUAUGGCGCGAGCAAUUCUAGACUUUAAAGAUGUGUACAAUGUUAAGGUCGGAUUUAAACCAGCCGGUGGUCUACGUACAGCUAAAGAUGCUCUUGACUAUCUUCAAUUAAUUAACAGCAUUCUUGGAUCAGAAUGGAUGAAUCCUGAUUUGCUGAGAUUUGGAGCUAGUUCACUGUUAGGCAGUAUUGAAAGCCGAUUAUACAGUCUAUGUCAUAAUGGUGUAUUACCAUCACCUGGGGAAUUAGACUUUUUCUAAUUUUAAUUCUCAUAGGAUAGGAUGAGAUAGGAUAAUAUAGAAUUUCUACAAUUAACAAUAGUAGUUUAUUGCAUAUUAUAAAUGUUUGUGUAUAUGUAUAUGAUUUGUACAAUUAUUCAGUUUUAACGUUGAUUUGUUUGUUCUGUUAUGUUAUAUUAUGUUUUCUUUUGUGGGGUGAGUGGGUGGGUGGCAGUUGAGGAUGAGAGGAAGAAACAAAAACAAAUAAACAAAACAAAAAAAUCAAUAAAUUCAGGACAGCUGUUUCAGCAUCAUUUGAAUAAAUGAUUAUUAUUAUUAACAAACAAAUACAAUAGAAAUGGAAGGGGGUGGAGAGAUAAAAAGAGGGAAAGAUAGAAAGAGAAGAACAGUGAGAGAGGGAGAGGCAGAAGGAGUAAGAGAUGAUGUAGAUGAGGAUAGAGAUGACGUAGAUGAUGACAAAAAGUCUGUUGUUAUUGAUUUUUUUCUCUUUCUUAUUGUUUACUAAUUUAUAUGUAUAUAUAGAUUUCACUUUUACUGCUUCCAUAUGAUUCAAUAUUGUCUUUAUUUAUGACUUAUUUCUGCGUUAUAUAUGUAUAUUUCAUUGAUUCGUUCGUUCAUUUGUUUUUUUUGGGUGGGGGGGGUUGAAAAACAAACAAACAAAGAAACGAGUAAAUACAGAAAAAAAUCAACAAGAACAACAGCAGCACCAGCAGUAAAAACAACAACAACAAUAACAACUACUAAUACGGCAGCGGCAGCAAUAACAACAAGAGAGUGACGAGGGGAAGAGUAAACAAAGCAGACAGUGAUAUACACACACACCUUUUUUCUUUAUUGGCAGAAGAUCAUUUCAGUUUUCGUUGUAUGUGUAUUCGUGUGUGCAGUGUGUGUGUGUGUGUGUGUUUGUAUACCCACUGUAUAAUAUUGUAUGAUUGAUUAAUUAAUUGAUUGAUUGAUUAAUAUUUCAUAAUCUGCUGCUAUAGCUAGCUAGCUAGUUAGUUGGUUGGUUAACUGAUAAUUUAUUUAAGACAAGGGUUGAAGUAGAACACUAAACAACAUAAUCCAAUUGUUGUGAGUUUGUGGUUGUUGUUGUUACCGUUGUUGCCGUUGUCGUCGACUGGAUCAUAUUCAAUAUAUGACUAACCGCCUGUUUUUUCAGUUUAUACAAGCUUUAUCGUAAGAGUUAUAUAUAUAUAUAUAUAUAUAU